UCAAUUCAGGAAAUGAUCUCGGUGACCGAAAACUCUGAAAAUUCAGCUGAUGGCAAUAUUGUUAUCGAAACAAAUGAUGGAGUUGCUCACAAUGUUGAACGAGUCUUUGUGCUGCAGAUUCUGACAAAGUAUGGCCUUGCCGACAACAAUGGUUUUGCUCAUGACAACCAUGCUUUUGCUGCUGACAACGCAAAUGGUGCUGACAACAAUGGUGCAGGGGCUGAUGACAACGCAAAUGGUCUUGCUCAUGACAACCAUGCUUUUGCUGCUGACAAUGCAAAUGGUGCUGACAACAAUGGUGCAGGGGCUGAUGACAACGCAAAUGGUCUUGCUCAUGACAACAAUGCAAAUGGUGCAGGGAAUCAAAAUGGUGUGUAAAUGGAUUUGAGGAUGAUCAGGUUGCAGGGAACCUUUGUGCAGAUCAGCGCAAAGGCAUUGUUGUCAUGAGCAAGACCAUUUGCGUUGUCAUCAGCCCCUGCACCAUUGUUGUCAGCACCAUUUGCGUUGUCAGCAGCAAAAGCAUGGUUGUCAUGAGCAAAACCAUUGUUGUCGGCAAGGCCAUACUUUGUCAGAAUCUGCAGCGCAAAGACUCGUUCAACAUUGUGAGCAACUCCAUCAUUUGUUUCGACAACGCAAAUGGUCUUGCUCAUGACAACAAUGCAAAUGGUGCAGGGAAUCAAAAUGGUGUGUAAAUGGAUUUGAGGAUGAUCAGGUUGCAGGGAACCUUUGUGCAAGGCAUUUGUAUUUUUUGUUUGUUUGUGAGUAGUUGUUUUCUUUUCUAGAAUUGAAUGCUUCAGUGUUUUACACGAAUUUAAAAAUACUUUUAGCAUUAUGGUGGUUGUUUUGCCUGGUAAAACCGGUGCUCAUUGUUUUUCCAUGCCAUGUGACUCAAACCCAUCUUUUCCUUGAAUGAGUACUUAUAAUUUUUAAUA